AACCAUCUGGAAGACUGCAAUUGCUUCCGUUAUCCAAAAUCAGGGAGAUAUAGAGAUGUUCGACUCAGGUCGCUCAACCCUCUUCUGCUUCCUCCUCAUCUGCUCCACAACUCUCGUCGGCGCCACCGACCACAUUGUAGGAGCCAACAAAGGCUGGAACCCCGGCAUCAACUACACCCUAUGGGCCAACAACCAUACCUUCUACGUCGGCGACCUAAUCUCGUUUCGGUACGUGAAGACCCAGUACAAUGUGUUCGAAGUGAACGAGACGGGUUACGAUAAUUGCACCAUUGAAGGAGCUACGGGGAACUGGAGUAGCGGAAAGGAUUUCAUCCUACUCAACAAUGCCAAGCGCUACUACUUCAUCUGUGGCACUGGUGGUUGCUUCAACGGCAUGAAGGUCUCUGUUUUGGUUCAUACGCUGCCCCCACCGCCACAUGCUGCAAAUGCUGCCAACGUAUCUCCUCAAUCCUCCAAUCAAGCUGGAUUUCAGUCGGCACCGGCGGUAUUGUUUGCUUUUCUUGCUUCGCUGGUCUCGAUCUGGUUCAAUAGUAAAUAAUUUGAGGGGAAAAGAUGGUUCAGGGCCAGGCUAUCACUUUGUAUUUCCUGACACAGUCCCUCUCCUCUCUUUCCUCA